GGAUCAGCUUUUACCCUAUCAAGAUCUCGAACAACCCCAACAACCACAACAACCGCUGAAGCAGAAAGCUCAUCUAGGCCAUCCUUCACAACAGCCUCCAGACGCUACUCCACAAACAGACAUCUACGGGCAAGUACCUCCCCAUUUGCAAGCUUCCACUCAACAACAAAUUUCUGACGCAAUGUUUAACUCUUUCUUGGCUCAAUUCGGCCAAAGGCAGGUCGCUAACGUCAUCAACAACGCUUUUAACGCCAGCGCACAGUCCGUCAAUGCCGCCAUGGCCGCUGCCAUGAUGAACCAGCCUGCGCAAAGGUUCUUUCACGCGGCCAUGAAUACCCCAUCCAUGAUGGAGAUGACCCAUCCUGCCAUGGUCCAGCCCACUCCACAAUAUCAAAUUCAGGUUACACAACCUAUGGCUAAGAAAAUGUCCACUACGCAGAGCAGAAUCGAAAAAAGGAAGUUAUUGAAGAAGCAAGGUCCUAAGAGACCCUCUUCCGCAUACUUCUUAUUUUCAAUGGACGUAAGAGAAGAUUUAAUAAGGAAGUAUCCAGAUGCCAAGGUACCCGAGCUAUCAAAACUGGCAUCCGCGAAAUGGAAGGAAAUGUCUGACGAAGAGAAGAAACCUUAUCACGAAAAAUUCAAGCUUAACUGGGAGAAAUACAGAAUAGCAAGAAAAGAAUAUGAGGCUACUCUCCCACCCAAAAGACCCUCCGGUCCUUUCAUUCAAUUCACUCAAGAUGUUCGUCCUCAAAUCGUACGUGAAAAUCCCGAUAAGGACUUGAUUGAAAUUACCAAAUUGAUUGGUGAAAGAUGGCGCUCGUUGUCCCCUGAAGAGAAGCAAGAAUAUACGAAUACGUAUAAAAGAAAGCUCAGGGAAUGGGAAGAACAAUACCCUGAGGAGGCUGCUAAUGACAAUGAGAGAGGCAGCGCAAGCGAGUAA